UGCAAGCACCAAGUACUCAAACCACUAAAUCACUUUAUCUUUUCACUCUCCAAAAAUGAUUCUGAUCUCCAAAAACGUCCUUUCUACUUUCUGCUUCCUUUACGCUCUCUGUUUUUCCCUUACCCAUGCAGCUAGAUUUGUCAUAACAAACAAUUGUCCCUACCCGAUUUGGGCUGGGGCUGUACCAGGUGGUGGCAUGCAGCUUAACCCACGCGGUGGAAUUUGGAACCUUGAUGUUAGUGCAGGCACCAAAGGAGCUCGCAUCUGGCCACGAACUGGGUGCAGUUUUGAUGGAGCUGGGCGCGGCAAAUGCCAAACUGGUGACUGCGGGGGGCUUCUCCGAUGCCAAGCCUAUGGUGCACCUCCAAACACCCUAGCAGAAUACGCACUAAACCAGUUUAAUAACAUGGAUUUCUUUGAUAUCUCCCUUGUUGACGGGUUUAAUGUUCCCAUGGAAUUUAGUCCCACCUCUAAUGGGUGCACCCGUGGGAUAAAAUGUACUGCUGAUAUCAACGGGCAAUGUCCCAAUGAGUUAAAGGCUCCCGGUGGAUGUAACAAUCCAUGCACUGUAUUCAAGACCAAUCAAUAUUGUUGUAAUUCUGGGAGUUGUGGGCCUACAAACUAUUCCAAAUUUUUCAAGACUCGUUGCCCUGAUGCUUAUAGUUAUCCUAAGGAUGACCCAACCAGCACAUUUACAUGCAAAGGUGGGACUAACUACAAGGUUACCUUCUGCCCUUGAAGAGGUGCUUGUGUCAUAGAUCAACUAGUACUUAUCUACACAGUAUUUAUGUGAUGAUGUAAUAAAAGCACAAGGUUACCUUCUGCCCUUGAAGCAGUGCUUGUGUCAUAGAUCAACUAGUACUUAUCUACAUAGUAUUUAUGUGAUGAUGUAAUAAAAGCUUUAAGGUUGCUUGGUGAGCAUACCUUGUAGCCUGCAAAGUGCAAACUCCAAUCUUCGUACUCAAAUAUCAUGAGGUCGCACUACAACACAUAUGUAUUUUUA